UUGAAGCUUGAAGAAUAAUCAGUAUCAAAACAGCUGUUCUUUCGAUCGGUUACUGUUGCUUGUACGAGUGCGAGUUUCAACGUUCGGUAUGUCCAAGUUCGCAUUGCAGGAUAAAUGCUACAGGAUCACUACCCUGGAUGCCAAAGAUAUUCGCUGGCCAACAUCUCUGGGGUCACACGGAUCGGAUGCGAUGCACACGGAUCCAGACUAUUCCUGCGUCUAUGUUACCAUUAACACCUCUGAUGGUCUGUAUGGAAAUGGACUCACAUUUACCCUAGGUCGUGGCACCGACAUCGUUCUGUUGGCGGUCAAAGCCAUGAAGGGUAUGGUAGAAAAUAGAACUUCUCACAGCAUCUUUGGGGAUUUUGCGAAGUUUUGGCGCGAGCUCACUAGCGAAUCUCAACUGAGAUGGAUUGGUCCAGAAAAAGGUGUCACCCACUUGGCUGCGGCAGCCAUCAUCAAUGCCCUGUGGGAUUUGUGGGGCAAAAUACGAGGCGUCCCGGUUUGGAGACUUCUAACGGACAUGGAACCGGAGGAGCUGGUAUCAACAAUCGAUUUUCGUUACAUAACCGACGCAAUCACGCCAGAGGAAGCAAUUUCCAUACUUAAAUCGAGUAAAGAAGGUCGGGAGUCUCGAGUCGCCUCGCUUGUAUCGAACGGAUAUCCGGCAUACACUACUCAAGUUGGCUGGCUCGGAUACACCGAUGACUACAUCCGUACCCUUUGCCAAAAAUAUCUAGCAGCUGGUUUUACCGCCUUCAAAAUAAAGGUUGGUCAAAACCUGCAGAACGACAUCAAGCGGUGCAAGCUUGUUCGAGAGGAAAUCGGUUGGGAAAAUAAGUUGAUGGUUGAUGCCAAUCAAAUCUGGGACGUUGAUGUCGCAAUCGAAUGGAUGAAGCAGCUGCGGGAAUUCAAACUGCUUUGGAUUGAAGAACCGACCUCGCCGGAUGAUGUUUUGGGACACAAAAGAAUUGCGGACGCGUUGAGGGAGUACAAUGUCGGAGUAGCCACGGGAGAAAUGUGCUGCAACCGGGUGCUGUUUAAGCAGUUUUUGCAGGCCAAUGCUUUGGAGUUUUGCCAGAUCGACUCAGCUCGAAUUGGUGGGGUGAACGAAAUUCUGGCUGUUUAUUUGAUGGCGAAGAAAUUUAACGUGAAAGUUUGUCCCCAUGCCGGUGGCGUUGGAUUAUGUGAAAUGGUGCAGCAUCUACAGAUGUGGGAUUUCACUUCCGUUUCUUGUACUACAGAUGACAGAAUGGUCGAAUUUGUUGAUCAACAACACGAACAGUUCGUUAACCCAGCUGAAAUAAAUAGUAAUGCAUGCUACAUCGCACCCCAGGCAGCAGGCUAUUCUACUGAACUGAAACCAGAAGCAAUUGCCGGGUACGAAUAUCCUGUUGGCACAGAAUGGACAAAGAUGUUUACCGAAGGAAUUUUUAAGAUACAAGAGUAUUAAAUGGUUGUUUCUUUUUUAAUUCUAUGCCAUUUUUGCAGUUAAUUUUUUAAAG